AUGGCUACUAUCCGUGAAGAGGCGGCUGCCUACCCGACCGUCGGCAGUGUCACGCUGCCCGAGAAGGCUGCCUUCGCUACAACUACCGAGGGCGUUUCGUCCGCCAACUUGACGCCAAUCACCACGGCUACCCCCGAGAAGAGCCUCGACCUACACCGCGACAGCAACCUAUCUACUCCCCGAUCCUACCGUAAUGAGAACCCCUUCGACACCGAUAUUGAGGCUAUGAUCACCACCACCAGCUCAUCUGAUCCCUACGCCAUGAAGACCAUCACAACCACAAAGGACUGCCCCACCAUAUGGCCUGGGAAGCAGGACUGGAAGGCCAAGGCCAAGGCUGCCAAGCGGGAUCGCAACUCUUGCGCCUGUAUGGCUCGCAUGUCCAAGAAGAACCGCAUCAUCAUGAAGGUUGCUAUUGGUCUCCUUGUUAUCGGCAUUGGCGUGGGCGUUGGAUUUGGUGUCAGCAAGCCCCUCGGCGCACCCAUCUGGGGCACUCCCGAUGGAAACAAAUGA